GGUACUUACUCACAAAGGUUUUGCCAGUCUGAGGUUCAGCAGUUCGACUCGUUCUGUGAGGAGCAUCUGCAGAAUGGUUGAAGUUGAGAUGGGCUGUCUGGGAGGGAAAACAGACGAAGAACGACUGGAUGAAAAAGCAAAACGAGAAGCAAACAAGAAGAUCGAGAAACAGCUGCAGAAGGAACGACAGGCUUAUAAAGCCACGCACAGACUCUUACUGCUGGGUGCAGGAGAAUCGGGCAAAAGCACGAUUGUGAAGCAGAUGAAGAUACUUCACGUUGACGGAUUUAAUGCUGAGUGA